AUGUGGUUUAAGGACCUAUAUAAGAGAGAGCAGGUUUUUAUUAGCACUCACAAACGACACAAUGUUUUGAAACAAGUGCCAAAGUGCUUUCUGCUUUUGUGUAGUAUCAGAGCAACACAAGAAAGGCGUACUGUUAUAUGUACCUCCAAUACAUUGACCGGAACCCUAGAGAACGAGCAGGCACCUUCUGAGGCUAAACAAGGUCCCGAACUACCAGCCUCCCCAGAAUGGGAGAAAGCAAUAGAAGAAUGCAUGGACCUGCUCGAUGAUGACGUUUUUCUUUAUGAAAUUGACACAGACAUUGAAGAAUUCAUUGAAAGAGUUGAAGCUGAAUAUGUUCCCAGGGAGCAAACUCAAAAGACCGUACAUGCCAGGACGGCUGAUACUGAUGAUGAUGAUGAACCCCAAACAAAGAAGAGGAAAAGAGAAUGAGAAGAGGUUGCACCACCAACACCACCACCACCCCAUAAUUAUUAAUUAAUAGUUAGAAUAGCGAUAUAUGUAAAUUAUAAAUAAAUAAAAUAAAAAAUAUAACAAUACAGUGUUUUUUAUUAUAUAGUAAACAAAUAGUUAGCAAAUUACAUAUUAUAGUUCAAUUAGCGCAUUAUAGACAGUAGGAGUAAAUGCAAUAUAUAUAUAGUGCCAAAAACGCAGUAACCAUCGGACGGAUUUACUUCUUGAGUGAAACCCUCAUCAACAUAAAGAUUUUCCAUAUAAACCAAAUCACCAUUUCUAAAGAAUUGCAGUUGGCACAAAUCACCUUCACCAUAAUUCAGACCAA